AUGCCUCCAAAAAAAUGGAACAAGCAAGGAUCGUCGAAUGGUCAGCACUUCGCAAGUCAAAAUCAAAGAAAAGGACAACUCAACAACAAUGCAGCAAAUCAAUGGCCGCUUCAUCCAAACUUUGCUCGUGCUUUUCCCUCGAACAAUCAACCGGUCUUGCCUAUUGAUUUCCGUCAUCAAAGAGUACUGCUUCAGGUAAACAUAUGUUUCGAUCAGUUCGCGCUUGUUUUUUUUAUUGUAGUUCCAAAAUAAAAGUAUCUAGAAAUGUUGUGUAUUCAGCCAGCCAAUCAUCUGGGACAAGUUCAAGGUUUGCAAGUCAGACAGAACGACGGACUUCUUCCAAAUCCCUAUGUCCGGAUCCAGUACCAAGUGCCAGCGCCGCAGUAUCACAUGCAGUUGACUAAUCACUUUGAAGGAGCUCCGAUCGUUGUGAGAAAAUUUUUUUAGUUUCCCAUUUCUUAUCCGAACCUGAGCUUUCAGCGCUCGCUUGAGCAGGUGCCAUCCUCCUCCAGCUCUUCGGAGGCUACCGGACAGUCAAAUUCUUCUUCCGAUGCCUUAUCUGAAUUUCUGGAACAGUCCGCAAAAUGCGAAUCGGGCGAGUUGGUCCUCGUGGAAGUGAAUGAUAUUGCGUCCAGUAGAUCGCAGCUGUGCUGGGCAAGAAACGAGGAUCUCUUGCAUCAUCUCAGGGGAAGCUGCCAAAUUUGUACGAUAAUCGAAAACUUCCGCUUGAUAUCGUUCCUGGAGAAAGAGACGGACGGAGAUGUUGCUCUGGCUCUGAGUUGCGGUGAGUUACACUGUAGGGUAAAAUAACUACGUCCAAACACCUUCUGUCUGUCUGUCUGUGUUCCUUAAGCUUGUUCGGCUCUCAUGAAACAGUUCCUCAAUAAAUUUAAAGGUUUAACGACCCAAGUUGCUUUUAGUUUGCGUGUGCAUAUUUCAAAAGUCGUGUUUAGGACCACCAAUGCACUCCUACAGACAAGUGAACAAGGAUCAACGUGAUAAAACCAUGCAAUCAUUUUGCCUGCACGGUCAUGGAACGGAAAAGGCACUUUGCAAAUGCGGCAAUCACGAGGCGUUGAAUAUUUUUAUCCACUUCGGCAAUGAUGUCUUCAAAGUCGAGGGAAUUUUGUGCCCAGACACUGGAGCCAUCCCGCCUGCCGAUGGUAAAAAUGAUGAGCCGGUGCCGCAUCCCACACUUCCGGGCUAUUUCUUGCAGCCUCAAUACAACAAAGGUGAAUUCGAAGCGAAUAUUGCACAAAACAAAUUAUUUUUAGCUUUCCCGCAAGAAGCCAAGUGGGCUUUGUUCCAAACUCUCCCAACGUUCAACCGCUGGAAUGCGCGCACUGGUGAGCGUUGGCCUCAUCCGCUCAUCCCACCCGGGACAGUGUCGGGUUAGUUAUUGUGAUAGUGUUGGAGGGGAUGAAAAAGGGGAAGGGUAUGAUGAGAACGUGAGAUUCUAUUUUCAGACGAACGAAUUACGAAUUUGGAAGAUCGCGUGAACGAAAAAGAGCAAAAUAAGUGGAAGAAGCACGGAGAAGAAACCUCUACUCUUAAGAACCAGCUGAACAAGUGGCGCCAACAAGAUAAAAAACUUCUCGAAUCGCUGAACGCUUUGACGAUCGAGCGUGAGAAACUAGAGCAACAAUACAAAAGCUCGCAAAGCGAACUUGCGGAAAUCCGUCUGAAGAAUCUUGAUCUGGAAGAGAAGGAGCGCUUAGCUGCUGAAAGGUUCAAAACUUGUGUAGGGGAAGAAGAGAUUGAAGAAUUGAGAAGUGCGCUUACCAAUGCUCUUAGAGAACUUGAUUUGGCUAGGGCUGAGAAAGAAUUGGCUUGGGCUCAGAAGAAGAUUGAACUUGAGACACCAGGAUCUUCUCAACAGGACGAGGACGCAUAUUCAGGUUUUUCUGGACAGUUGGUUUGGUAUGUCUAGUGCGAGUUUUCCCAAUCACCAACUUCUCUGUUUAGCUCUGCUCCUACCAGCCCGACUCAGCCGAAAGACCCAGAGCUUCAGAAACCCAUUGUCGCCUGUUCCAUCAGUUCCGAGUCUGGCUCAAACAUCUCCCGUCCGACUUCUCGCACCUGGAAUCAUGUGGGAGAAUAUGAGCCGUAAGUUUGUACUAUAAAAACCCAGUUUGCUUACCUAAAAACAUAUUAGGACGGAUUCUAUCAGACCACAAGCGGGGAGUAGAAAUAAUUGAACUCUUUCCAGACCAAAAAUGAAUAUUCACUUCGCGCGGAGCCCGUCUCCGCCCAAAUACAAGCUUCGUCCGAAGAAAAAAUCGGAGAAACGCAACAAGGAACAGUUAGUCUGCACUUUUCGAAAGGGCCAAACACAAACACUGUUUUCAGAAUUCUUGGUCUCACUAACUUCCAUUUCGAUUAG